UUCCCGUCCUGCACCCCCCUGGGGGUCCCCCAAUCCAGCAGACCCUUCCCCUAUUGCAACCCCCCCUGCAUCGCCAAAGCCACCGAGCUCUUCCCUUGCUACGUCCCCCCCGAGCCCCCCAGACCCUUCCCCUCUUACUCCCCCCUCCACAUCCCCCAGUCCAGCAAGCCCUGCCCCUCCAGCACCCCGCAUAUGGGAGACCCCUUCCCCCCCUGCACCCCCCCCCUGCCCCCCGCAAUCACCAGACCCCCCCCUUCCCCUCCAGCCCACCCGGGGCUCCCUCUCCCUCCGCCUGCACGUUUGGGGGGUGCCCUCCCCUCCUCAAAACCCCGCUACCCCCUGAGCAGGGUUCCCGAGGGUCCCGCUCGACGAUCCCGCCCCCCCCGGCCCCCCUCCCCAUCCAGCCCACGGGGGUCCCAUGGGGGAAGCUCCAGCAGCGGAGUUGGACGCGGUGCUGGGGGGCUGCGGGUGGGAGGUGACGGGGGAGAGCAUCGAGGGUCCCCCCGCCCCCCCCGGCCCCCCCAUCCGCCUGGGACGGGACGUCUGCUACGUGGUCUUGGCCGUGCUCUUCAACGAGGAGGACCGGGUGCUGCUGGUGCAGGAGGCGAAGCCCGGGUGCCGCGGGCAGUGGUACCUCCCGGCGGGGAGGAUGGAGCCCGGGGAGAGCAUCCUGGAGGCGGUGAGGAGGGAGGUGAAGGAGGAGACGGGGCUGGAAUGCCAACCCCUCACCUUGCUGGCCCUGGAGGAGAGGGGCCCGGCCUGGAUCCGCUUCGUCUUCCUGGCACAGCCCACGGGUGGGACCCUGAAGACCCUGGAGGAGGCUGACACCGAGUCCCUGCAGGCAACCUGGUGGGCUGGGGACCCCCAAGCCCUUCCCCUGCGUGCCCUGGACAUCCUGCCCUUGCUGGCCCUGGCCACCCGCUACCACCGCAGCCCCCCGCACCCCCCCACCCUGCCACAGGACCUGCCCUCUGCCCCCCUCUGCCUCAGGGUCCUGGUGGUCUUCACCAACGCCACCGGGGACCUCUGGGUGCUGCUGGGCACGGCCGGGACCCCCCACUUACCCGUGGUGGUCUGUGGCACAUCCCCAGCCGAGCUGAGGGGGGGUCUGUGCCUGCCCGUUCUGCGCCUGCUCAGGGACUGCCUGCCCCCCCAGGACCCCCGCCCGGGACCCCCGGGUUUGCUGGGGCUGCAGCACCGAGCUGGAGGUCCCGGGGGGGGUGAUGGGGUUUGCUUUAACGUGGUGCUGAGCAUCCCACCCGGCAGCCCCGGGGCUGUGCCCCCCCAGCCCCAGGGUCCCAAAUUCUCCUGGUGGAAAGUGGAGGAGGAGGGGUUGAGGGGCCGCAUCCUGCACCGGCUCCGCACCACGGUCCCCAUCCGCAGUUGAUGCCCGGGCUUUGGGCAA